UUGAACUUGAAACUUGAAAUUACGAAAGAUGGUAGCGGCAGUCAAAUUACAUGGUUGAAUGUGGAUUUAGUACAGCGGCUGGAGACAGUAGCUCGAUGAUACUGCAAAUAUUCAAAAGGAAGAUAGUGAAGAGAACAACUCGUCAGUUUCACUGACGCUUUUAGAACAAUUACGUAGUGCUACAGCGACAAGAAAAUGCAGGACAACGAGCCAUUCAAACUCGGGCAGCGAGUUCACUCAGCAAGCGAUCCUCGCCGAAUUGGAAUGGUGAAAUACAUUGGACCAGUCGAAGGCUAUUCGGGCACGUGGGUAGGCGUUGAUUGGGAUAAUGGAGAAGGGAAACACGAUGGCUCAGUGAACGGAGUCCGAUAUUUCCAAGCAAGAUCAGACAAGUCCGGUUCAUUCAUUCGGGUCCCGAAUCUGAAUCCGGGUAUUUCGUUAGUAGAAGCUUUACAUAUCAGAUACAAAGGGGAAUCCACUAAAGAAGAAGAGGAUGAAAUGUAUGUACUUUCAGCUAGUAACAAAAAGGUAUCUGUUGAAUUUGUGGGGAAAGAGAAAAUAAAAGAUAAAUUAAGUAAAUUUGACGAAUUGAAGAGUGCUUCACUGCCUUUUCUGGGUAUCAGCUCUCCUGGAUCACCAACUGAUAUCAGAAAUUUGGUGCCAAAUCUGAAGGAGCUAGACUUGACGGGAAAUUUACUUUCAGAAUGGAAGGAUAUCGGUACCAUAUGCGAGCAAUUACCAGCUCUUGCAGCACUUAAUUUGUCUAAUAACUUAAUGUCACGGACCAUCGCUGAGUUAUCCCAACUGAAAAACAUCCAUAUUCUAGUUUUAAACAAUACUGGCAUAAAUUGGACACAGGUUGAAGUACUUAAUCAUCUAUUGCCAGCGAUUGAGGAGCUACAUCUGAUGGGGAAUGGCAUCGGCACAAUAAUGUCAUCAUCUUCAUCAAUUGUUCAAGGAUUUGAUUCUUUGCGACUUCUGAAUUUGGAAGAUAAUUUUAUAGCUGAAUGGAAUGAAAUCUUAAAGCUUUCUUCACUAAGAAGUUUGGAGCAGCUUUAUUUGAACAAAAACAGAUUGAAAAGAAUCUUUUACCCAGAUGCUGAUACAAUAGACAAAUUACUUACCGGGUCUGAAUCUAAUGUUGAAAUUCCUUUUCAAAAUUUGCGUUGCCUUCUUCUUGGAGGUAACAGAAUUGAGGAUCUGGCCUCAGUUGAUUCGUUAAACUCAUUCCCAAGAUUGGUGGAUGUCAGGCUUUCUGAAAAUCCAAUAGCUGAUACUGGAAGAGGUGGUAUCCCAAGAUUUGUUUUGAUCGCAAGGUUAUCAAAAGUUGAAAUACUAAAUGGAAGUGAGGUAACUCCUCGUGAAAGAAAGGACUCUGAAAUCCGAUAUGUCCGGUUAGUUAUGUCAAAGCUACAGGACAAUACAAUUGAAAUCAAAGAGCUACAUCCAAGGUUUGCUGUGCUCAAGGCUCUUCAUGGCAUUGAAGAUGAAAGGCCAUCAAUUGGAACUUCAAGCCCUCAAAAAAUGGCUUCUGGACUUAUAUCAAUAACUUUAAAAUGUGUGGGUGCAUCCAUUGGUGAGAAACCUCUCAUAACAAAGAAAUUGCCAGCAACUGCAACGGUUGGCAAGCUCAAAAUUCUAUGUGAAAGCUUUUUCAAGCUUAAGUCUAUCAAGCCGAGAUUAUUUCUUCAGGAAGAGGGUUCCCCCCUACCCUUACUGCUGGAUGAUGAAAUGUUAACUUUAAUGGAUAUUGGGAUUGGCAAUGACUCGACCAUUCUCGUUGAUGAAGAGAGCUGACACUUGACACAAGUAGAUACAAAUGAGCUCAUUAUAUACUACUGCAAAUUUUAUGAGUUGGAGUUUAAUGUUGUUUCAGAUUUUGCUUCAGCUUUUCCAUUUACACCUUAUUAGAUCCAUGAUAUAUCUUCUACCAUUUCUCUCUUCA